AACAGUCAAAGUGCAUCUUUAGUUUCAUCUGCUUCCUCUGCUUCCCCUGCUUCCUCUGCCACCCCUCAGAUCUCUGCGAACGAACCUUCACUCCUCCUCGUCUACUCUCUUGACCUUUCACCUCUUUCCGGUCUCACCUCUAUCAGUCUUUCAACAAGCUACCCUUCUCCAUAGAUCAUGCACGACAACAGUUUUGCUAGAGUGUUUCCCAGGCGCAAGAGAGGAGAGCCGGGAUGUUACAGCAAGGGAAGAGACGGCAUCCGCUUGGGCUACGAAGACAUCACUGGACUCUUUCACAUGCGCCAGACUGAAGCGGCCAAGUACCUUGGCAUCUCCCUUACAACCAUGAAGAGCGUUUGUCGCCGCGUUGGAAUCACAAGAUGGCCUUAUUCAAGGCAAAGGGACAGGGCGGGCUCUCCUUGCAGCACAGACUCGGCAUCAUCUGAUGAGGCACAUCAUGCACACGAGGCUCCAUCGCACGACUGUUCCUUCCCUAGCGUACAGCAUGUGAGUAGCAAGGACGAAUCAUCACAUCAGAUGGCCCUGCACUGCCAGAAGAUCGAGACAGGGUCAGAGUACCUUCGCCUCCUGAUGGCGGCAGCAGCUCAUGACGGCGACUUCAUUCCCAAGGUGGAGGAGAAGCAAGCGCUGCAGGGAAGCAUGGUUUCUCGCGUGGUGCUGGACGACUCGGUGCACAUGUCUGCUUUCGAUGAGACCAACACUUCUCUCUUCGACGAGGCACUGCAGCAUGUGCAGAGCACGUUUACCGGACGCUUUGCCUGCUACUGAUUGAAAUGACUGUAAUCAUACUCACAUGUAAAGAAUAAAUCUGAAUGAACAUC